AUGCCAGCUUCACCUACUACCACCACCACUGCUGCCAAUGUACCUAACCUCAAGAAACACGAGGAUGUUGAAGCGAUCCAACGUCAAUAUGAUCUACUUUGUGCUGAACUAAACAUGGAUGGAAAAGAAGCUACGCGUAUACUUCAGGAACGCAUCAAGCUCUUGCACGAGUACAAUGAUGUGAAAGAUACGACCACUUUCCUAUUGACCCAUUAUGCGCACAAGACAUCCAAGACAAUUGCUCAAGUGUACAAGGAAUUUAAUGUCGAUGGUUGUGAUGACUAG